UAAGAUUUUUCCCUUUUUUCUGUCUUCAGUGUAGUUUUGUGAGAGAGCGAGCAGCGGCGGCGGCAGUCUGUGUUGUUUCAACAGUGGAAACGAGCUGAGAGAAGUUAGAACCAUGGGUCCGCUUUUACUCGGAGUGCUGGGCUGCUCUCUGGUCCUGUCUGUCCAAGCCAUGUAUUCCUCCAGCGAUGAUGUUAUCGAGCUCACACCUUCCAACUUCAACAGGGAAGUGAUCCAGAGUGACAGCCUGUGGUUGGUGGAGUUCUAUGCUCCCUGGUGUGGGCACUGUCAAAGUCUGGCUCCAGAGUGGAAGAAGGCAGCGACCGCCCUCAAGGGCAUCGUGAAGGUUGGGGCCGUAGACGCUGACCAGCACAAGUCCCUGGGAGGCCAGUACGGCGUCAGAGGGUUCCCCACCAUCAAGAUCUUUGGAGCAAAUAAGAAUAAACCAGAAGAGUACCAAGGGGGACGCAGCAGCCAGGCAAUCGUUGACGGAGCAGUGAAUGCUUUGCGCUCGCUUGUCAAAGAGAGGUUGAGUGGCAAAUCUGGUGGCUCCAGCUACAACAAGCAGCAAAGUACCGGCGGCAAUAAGAAAGACGUGGUGGAGCUCACAGACGACAACUUUGACGCGACCGUGCUGAACAGUGACGACGUGUGGCUGGUGGAGUUUUUUGCCCCCUGGUGUGGACACUGCAAGAACCUGGAGCCUGAGUGGGCAGCUGCAGCCACAGCUGUUAAGGAGCAAACCAAGGGCAAAGUUCGCCUUGGGGCUGUGGACGCCACCGUGCACCAGGGCGUGUCCAGCCGCUAUGGAGUCCGUGGAUUUCCCACAAUCAAGAUUUUCCGUAAAGGGGAGGAGCCCGAGGACUACCAAGGAGGCCGCUCCCGUGGGGAAAUCAUCGAGAAGGCCUUGGAUCUGUUCUCUGACAAUGCUCCUGCUCCAGAACUGCUGGAGAUCCUGAAUGAAGGCGUCUUGAAGAAGACCUGUGACGACAGCCAGCUGUGUAUAAUCGCCGUCCUUCCACACAUCCUGGAUACAGGUGCAGCUGGUAGAAACGGUUAUCUGGAAGUGAUGAUGACCAUGGCAGAAAAGUAUAAGAAGAAGCUGUGGGGAUGGCUCUGGACUGAGGCGGGCGCUCAGAUGGAGCUGGAGGCCUCUCUAGGAAUCGGAGGCUUCGGCUACCCUGCCAUGGCCGCCAUCAACGCACGCAAGAUGAAGUUCGCCCUCCUCAGGGGCUCCUUCAGUGAGACCGGCAUUCACGAGUUCCUCAGAGAGCUUUCUGUGGGCCGAGGCUCCACCGCCACACUGGGAGGCGGAGUCAUGCCCAAGAUUAACAAUGUUGAAGCCUGGGAUGGAAAAGAUGGACAGCUUCCUGUGGAGGAGGACUACGACCUCAGUGACGUGGAUCUGGAUGAGGACUUCGAGAAGGACGAGUUGUGAGUCCCAACAGCGCGAGGAUCUGACCCAGACUGAUUUGGGUUUGGUCGUGUCUGGUCCUGUGUGUCCCCCGGCCUUCCCCUUUCCUGCGGACGAACGGGAGGCCACGUCGACCAGUUACUGAAAUACUCCAGAAAAAGGCGCACGAGAGACACCUGCAGUUUUUCACACCAUCUCAUCAGUCAGUCAGUCAGGCAGGCAGGAGGGAGGGAGGGGAGAACGUGUGUGUCUGUCCCGGAGGUGAACCCAUUUUCACAAACCUGCUGAAUGUUUGAGGCUGAAUAUUUAUAAAGCUGCCGCCAGCUGAAGAGAGGAGGGGCGAGGUUCAUUUAAGUCUUUUUCAAACAUUACUCCCUCUCCCCUCUUCAGCCGCCUCAAAGCACCUAUUUUAAGAUGUGAACUUGUAAAAGGUGACACUUCAACAAGAUUUAAUGUUUCCCCCUUUUUUUUUUUUU